AUGGUGGAAACUCGGGAUUCUUUGCUAAAUGUUUCAAUUCGUCAAAAUCUUUUUGAAAAGCUUCAGCCGAUAGAUCCGAAGGUUAAUGAAGCUUCAGGAUCUAAAGGGAAAGAAAAGAUAAUUGAUGAUGAUGAAGAAAAAGAAGAAGUUCUUUUGGAUGGUGAAAAGCUUAUUCGAAAGAAUUUAGACAAGGUGCUUGAUGAUCUUCUAAUUCUUUGCAAGGAAUUAGAAGCAAAGGAAGCAGAAGCUAGAGUUGUGAAAGUUACUCUUGCGAAUCAGAUGUCAUUGUUUCCUCCAUGGACCCUUGAACGAAUUCAGAAGGAAGCGAUCGAGUACAAAAUAUGGAGCUUAAAGAAGUUGGUCGUUGUGAAAGUUUAUGCUCCUUUUCCAAUAGAACACUUCAAAAAUGUCAAAUUUAGGGGUUUUCGAGGAGCAGAUCGCAAAGAAGAGGACUUCACACUUGCUGAUCUUCCAUUUGCAAAAUUGGAUGUGGAAAUCGCUUUUAUAUUGAGGAAAAGACCUAUUGUGAAUCCAAAAGAAGAAACAAAGAAUUUUCAAAAGAAGGAGUUGGGAAAGAUUAAGAAAGUAGAUUGGAGUGUGGUAUAUCAAAGGAAUGAGGGUGACAAAGUUUAG